ACGUGGAACGGCGUCGGCGCGCGCGCUCCCCCUUCCUGCACCUCCCCACCCCUCGCGGGGCGGGCGGGACGGGAAGGGGGGGGCUGGUGGUGCCGGGGGGGAGGGGGAGGAGGAGGAGGAGGGGCGUCAAGAUGGCGGCGGGGAGGUAGGCAGACCCGGACGCAGCCGCCGACGCCGCCGCCUCCGCUCCUGCAGCCUCGCCGCCCCCAAGCCCUCGCAGCCUCCGCGACGCCGCCGGCUCGCCCCGUCCUGAGGAGAAGAUGGUGGAGCCAGGACAAGACUUGUUGCUAGCUGCUUUGAGUGAAAGUGGAAUUAGUCCAAAUGAUCUUUUUGAUAUUGAUAGUGGAGACCCAGGCCUUGCAACUCCGACACCCACUCCACCUGUUCAGCAGUCAGUGCCACUUAGUGCGUUAGAACUAGGCUUGGACACUGAGGCAACAGUUCCUGUUAAGCAAGAACCAGAGACUGUGUCUACUCCAGCACUGUUAAAUGUUAGGCCACAACCGCCAUCUACUACAACUUUUGUUCUAAAUCAAAUAAAUCAGCUUCCGACUUUGGGAACCACAAUUGUGAUGACUAAAACUACACCAGUAACAACUACAAGGCAAACCAUAACUUUAACAAAAAUUAUCCAGACUAGCACAAAUACCCGGCCUUCGGUUUCAGCACCAGCAGUCCGUAAUGCCUUGACUACCACGCCUUCAAAGGACCAGAUCCAGCUGAAAGAUCUGCUGAAAAAUAAUAGUCUUAAUGAACUCAUGAAACUGAAGCCACCUGCUAACAUUGCUCAGCCAGUGGCAACAGCAGCCACUGAUGUCAGCAAUGGAACAGUCAAGAAAGAACCUUCUAACAAAGAAGUUGCACGAAUAUGGAUAAAUGAUAUCAAAAUGAGAAGUUUUUCACCCACUAUGAAGGUACCAGUGGUUAAAGAUGAAGAAGAACCAGAAGAAGAAGAUGAAGAAGAAAUGGGCCAUGCAGAAACCUAUGCAGAGUACAUGCCAAUAAAAUUAAAAAUUGGCCUCAGGCAUCCUGAUGCAGUAGUGGAAACCAGCUCUUUAUCCAGUGUCACACCCCCUGAUGUUUGGUAUAAAACAUCUAUAUCUGAAGAAAGUAUUGAUAAUGGCUGGUUAUCAGCAUUACAACUUGAAGCUAUUACAUAUGCAGCCCAGCAACAUGAAACAUUUCUACCUAAUGGAGAUCGAGCUGGAUUCUUGAUAGGUGAUGGUGCAGGUGUAGGAAAAGGGAGAACUAUAGCUGGAAUAAUUUAUGAGAAUUACCUGUUGAGUAGAAAAAGAGCAUUAUGGUUUAGCGUCUCAAAUGAUUUAAAAUAUGAUGCUGAAAGAGAUUUGAGGGACAUUGGAGCAAAAAACAUUUCGGUUCAUUCAUUAAACAAGUUUAAAUAUGGAAAAAUUUCUUCCAAACAUAAUGGGAGUGUAAAAAAGGGUGUUAUUUUUGCCACCUAUUCUUCUCUCAUUGGCGAAAGUCAGUCUGGUGGCAAAUACAAAACAAGAUUAAAGCAGCUUCUGCAUUGGUGCAGUGAUGACUUUGAUGGAGUGAUAGUAUUUGAUGAAUGCCACAAAGCUAAGAACUUAUGUCCUGUUGGUUCUUCCAAGCCAACCAAGACAGGCUUAGCUGUACUAGAACUGCAGAACAAGCUGCCACGAGCCAGAGUGGUUUACGCCAGUGCUACAGGUGCUUCUGAACCGAGGAACAUGGCCUAUAUGAACCGGCUUGGAAUAUGGGGUGAAGGAACCCCGUUUAGAGAAUUCAGCGAUUUCAUUCAAGCUGUAGAGCGAAGAGGUGUCGGUGCCAUGGAAAUAGUUGCUAUGGAUAUGAAGCUGAGAGGCAUGUACAUCGCCAGGCAGUUGAGCUUUACUGGUGUGACCUUCAAAAUUGAAGAAGUUCUUCUUUCCCAGAGCUACGUUAGAAUGUAUAAUAAAGCAGUAAAACUGUGGGUCAGUGCGAGAGAGAGAUUUCAGCAAGCCGCUGAUCUUAUAGAUGCAGAGCAACGAAUGAAGAAAUCUAUGUGGGGGCAGUUCUGGUCUGCUCAUCAGAGGUUUUUCAAAUACCUGUGUAUAGCUUCCAAAGUCAAGAGAGUCGUGCAGCUAGCUCGAGAAGAAAUCAAGAAUGGAAAAUGUGUUGUCAUUGGUCUGCAGUCAACAGGAGAAGCUCGAACUUUAGAAGCCUUGGAAGAGGGUGGAGGAGAAUUAAAUGACUUUGUGUCAACAGCCAAGGGGGUAUUACAGUCACUCAUUGAAAAACACUUUCCAGCUCCAGACAGAAAGAAACUCUUUAGUUUGCUUGGAAUUGAUUUGACUGCUCAGAGUAACAACAGCUCACCCAGAGAUAGUCCUUGUAAGGAGAAUAAAAUAAAAAAACGGAAAGGGGAAGAAAUUAGCAGAGAGGCCAAAAAAGCACGGAAAGUCGGUGGCCUUACUGGAAGCAGUUCUGAUGAUAGUGGAAGCGAAUCCGAUGCCUCUGAUAAUGAAGAAACUGACUAUGAGAGCUCAAAAAACAUGAGUUCUGGAGAUGAUGAUGAUUUCAACCCAUUUCGGGAUGAAUCUAGUGAAGAUGAUGAAGAUGAUCCUUGGUUAAUAAGAAAAGACCACAAGAAAAGCAAAGAGAAAAAAAAGAAAAAAAGUAUUGAUCCAGAUUCUAUUCAAAGUGCCUUAUUAGCGUCAGGACUGGGAUCAAAACGACCAAGUUUUUCUUCUACGUCUCUUGUCACUACUCCUAAUAAUACACAAGCUAAUAGUAAUAGUAACAGCAACAGCCUUGUAACAAGUCAGGAUGCCGUCGAAAGAGCCCAGCAGAUGAAGAAAGAUUUGUUAGACAAAUUGGAAAAAUUAGCUGAAGAUCUUCCUCCUAAUACACUGGAUGAACUUAUUGAUGAGCUGGGUGGCCCGGAGAAUGUGGCUGAGAUGACUGGCCGAAAGGGAAGAGUAGUGAGCAACGAUGACGGAAGCAUUUCUUAUGAGUCUAGGUCUGAAGCUGACGUGCCUGUGGAAAUUCUAAACAUCACCGAAAAGCAGAGAUUCAUGGAUGGGAAUAAGAAUAUUGCCAUUAUCUCAGAAGCUGCCAGCUCAGGUAUUUCAUUACAAGCAGAUCGUCGAGCUAAAAAUCAGAGGCGGAGAGUACAUAUGACUUUGGAAUUGCCUUGGAGUGCCGAUAGAGCAAUUCAACAGUUUGGAAGAACUCAUAGAUCGAACCAAGUUACUGCUCCAGAAUAUGUGUUUCUAAUUUCUGAAUUGGCUGGAGAGCAAAGAUUUGCAUCUAUAGUUGCUAAAAGACUGGAGAGUUUGGGGGCGCUCACACAUGGUGACCGAAGAGCAACGGAAUCUCGAGAUUUGAGCAGGUUCAAUUUUGAUAACAAGUAUGGUAGAAAUGCUUUGGAAAUUGUUAUGAAAUCCAUUGUGAACCUAGAUUCCCCAAUGGUCUCACCACCUCCUGACUAUCCAGGAGAAUUCUUCAAAGAUGUCCGACAAGGAUUAAUAGGUGUGGGCCUUAUAAAUGUGGAAGACCGCUCUGGAAUUUUGACUCUUGAUAAAGAUUACAAUAACAUAGGAAAAUUCCUAAAUCGUAUUUUGGGUAUGGAAGUCCACCAGCAGAAUGCCUUGUUUCAGUAUUUUUCAGACACACUUAAUGCAGUCAUACAAAAUGCCAAAAAGAAUGGUAGAUAUGAUAUGGGUAUUUUAGAUCUUGGUUCUGGGGAUGAGAAGGUGAGGAAAACAGAUGCUAAGAAAUUUCUAACACCAGGAUAUUCAACCUCAGGCCACGUCGAACUGUAUACAAUCAGUGUAGAGAGAGGAAUGUCUUGGGAAGAAGCAACUAAGAUUUGGGCCGAACAGACAGGACCAGAUGAUGGCUUUUAUUUAUCGUUGCAAAUAAGAAAUAAUAAGAAAACUUCCAUCUUGGUGAAAGAAGUGAAUCCCAAAAAGAAGCUUUUCUUAGUUUAUAGACCAAAUACUGGGAAACAGCUUAAAUUAGAGACUUUGGCUGAUCUGAAAAAGAAGUAUAAGAAGGUCACUUCUGAUGAUGCCCUGGCUCACUGGCUAGAUCAGUAUAAUUCAUCUGCAGAUACGUGUACUCAUGCAUAUUGGAGAGGCAAUUGCAAAAAAGCAAGCUUGGGAUUAGUUUGUGAAAUAGGUCUUCGAUGCCGCACCUAUUAUGUUUUAUGUGGUUCGGUACUGAGUGUUUGGACAAAAGUUGAGGGAGUUCUAGCAUCUGUCAGUGGCACAAAUGUGAAGAUGCAGAUAGUUCGGCUACGAACAGAGGAUGGGCAGCGGAUUGUGGGUUUGAUCAUUCCUGCAAAUUGUGUCUCUCCCCUUGUAAAUCUUCUGUCAACAUCCGACCAGUCCCAGCAACUGGCUGUCCAGCAAAAGCAAAUAUGGCAGCAGCAUCACCCACAGAGCAUCACCAAUUUGAACAACUUGUAAAGGACAGACUGCAGGUUUUGACAUGGGUGUUUCUGGAAAAGCUAUCCAAGCAUAUCAUUUGCAUAAAAAUCAGGGACAGAUUCCAAAGAAUUUUUUCAGUUGCGCUCUCUCUGGUAAUAUUUUGGGAAUGAGGAGGUACCUGGAAAAGAUGGCCAAACUGAGACUCAGCGAUGCUGAUGGUGGUGCAAAUGUCCUUCCCUACAUAGGCUUUUCCUCUAGUACUUAACUUCCCAUUUGCUUUGACUUUGGGCAAGCAGGGGUGUCUUUUUUUUUUUUUUAAAUUCAUGAGCUUUUUUUGUUUGUUUUUAUUUCUUAAACUAAGACCACAAUUUGUGCAAAAAUGUGUGGAAUUUCCCAAACUGGCUUUACCUUGAUUUUGCCCUUCAGCACUCAGGGUUUACGCAGGACAUCCAUGCCAUGGCUGGGCAAGACCUCCCAGGAUGCAUGUCUUUGAGUCUAUAAAUAGAGAAAAUCUAUAUUGAUUUUUCUUUUCAACAUGUAAAACAGGUUUAGAACUAAGCAUGAAAUGGAAAUGGUUGCACAUCAUGCGUUCGGGUUCUUUCCCAGUUUUUGUUCGGACAGUGCAUGUCUUUGAAAGCACGCCGUGAGUAAGAUCCCACCAAAGUCAGAGGGCGGAGAGGAACACAACUGUACAGACAGCUCUGCUCAAUGCAUUUUUAUAGGGUUUAUACCCAAUUGUUGCUUUUCUCCCCUCUUCUCUGAGGCAGUGAGUCCACCACACGUAUGCCCUUCUUUGUGAUAAAAUUCUUAAAUUAAAAAUUAGUUCAUUUUAAUGUAUUAAUAAUACUCCUAAUGUGCUGCAAAAAACGGCUCAAAGCCUGUUUCUCUCAAGAAGGCAUUUUUCCUUAAUUGGAGAUGGUUAUGGAAACUAAGUGCAAAUUGACCUCUACCUUGCAAAACAAUCCUCUUAUUUUUUACUUCAUUAAUGUAAUUUAAUUUGUCACUUGUAAGAUGAAACCUUACUUGAUCUGUAAACUAGGCAGUGGGGAAAACACUUGAGGCUUCUGCUGUAUGUGCUCUUUGUUACCCAGUAACUUGAAUACUGUUUAAUAUGUUGUAAGACAUUUGUAGAGUUUAUCUGGAGCUGUUUAAAAUGGUAAUGUACAAAUGUGAAUAGUCACUUAUCUAUAAUAUGGGUAAGUUUUGUUUUGCCUAUAAUAGUAAAUGUUUAUAACAAGUGAGGGACAAUGUUUGUCUAUUUUUUUUUUUUUUGCUUGCACAGGUUGCACUAUUGAAAACUUUCGAGAUUGUAUAAACCUGUCCAGAAAGCUGCAAGACACCAAAAUCUUGUAGAUGUCAAAUAAAAGUUAUUGUACUAACAA